GGAGGAGGAGGUGCCCCCCGCCCCCCAGCAGCCGGGCACCCACCUCCCUCGUUGCGCAGCCCGCCGCCCGGGCCGGCCCAGCCCGCCCUUCCCCCGCAGCCCACCCCGUCCAGUCCCUCCCUCCAGAUGACCAGCGAGAGCGGGCAGCCGCCGCCGGAGCCCCCGCUGCCUCUCCGCCCCUGCAGCCCGGCUCGCGGAGCUCUCCAGGCCGUCUUGAUGAGCCAGCCGCCCGCCGCCUCCGCCCUGGAGUCGUCGUCGUCGUCUUCCUCCGCGUCCUCGUCGUCGUCGUCGUCCUCGUCCUCGUCCAAGGGCAAGAAGGCCAGCUCGGGGCUGCGGCGGCCGGAGAAGCCCCCCUACUCCUACAUCGCACUCAUCGUCAUGGCCAUCCAGAGCUCGCCCUCCAAGCGCCUGACGCUGAGCGAGAUCUACCAGUUCCUGCAGGCGCGCUUCCCCUUCUUCCGCGGCUCCUACCAGGGCUGGAAGAACUCGGUGCGCCACAACCUCUCGCUCAACGAGUGCUUCAUCAAGCUGCCCAAGGGGCUGGGCCGCCCGGGCAAGGGCCACUACUGGACCAUCGACCCGGCCAGCGAGUUCAUGUUCGAGGAGGGCUCGUUCCGCCGCCGCCCGCGGGGUUUCCGCCGCAAGUGCCAGGCGCUGAAGCCCAUGUACCGCAUGAUGAACGGGCUGGGCUUCAGCGCCUCGCUGCUGCCGCAGGGCUUCGACUUCCAGGCGCCCUCGGCCCCGCUGGCCUGCCACGCCAAUGGCUACAACCUCGACAUGAUGCCCAACUCCAUGGCGGGCGCCUACGAGGGCCACCACGUGCCGCACAUGUCCCCCAACCCGGGCUCGACCUACAUGGCUAGCUGCCCCGUGCCUGCCAACGGGGAGUACGGCCCGGACAGCAGCAGCAGCCCCGUGCCCUCCUCACCCGCCAUGGCUAGUGCCAUCGAGUGCCAUUCCCCCUACGCCAGCCCGUCGGCUCACUGGACAGCCUCAGGGGCAUCGCCCUACAUAAAGCAGCAGGCCCUGCCGCCCAGCAACGCCGCCCCCUCGGGCAUCCACUCCAGCAUGUCCUCCUACUCCCUGGAGCAGAGCUACCUGCACCAGAACGCCCGGGAAGACCUCUCAGUGGGAUUGCCUCGCUACCAGCAUCACUCUUCCCCAGUGUGUGACCGGAAAGAUUUCGUUCUCAAUUUCAAUGGCAUUUCUUCUUUCCAUCCAUCCGCUAGUGGAUCCUAUUAUCACCACCAUCACCACCAAAGCGUCUGUCAAGACAUCAAGCCCUGCGUGAUGUGAAGGGAGCGGCAGUGAGCCCAGGCAGGCGGACAGACAGACGAUCGGGGGGCUGUGUAACAGGUUGGAGGUAUAGCGGGGCUCACGCAGGUCCAAUGUAAUGUGCACUCUGGUAGCAUUCAAUACAACACGAGUCACUUAGCACGAGUCAUUCCCCGAGGCAGAAGUGUCGGCAGUGUCCGCCCGGCCACUCCUUGAAGGACAGACCCACAUGAUAUAACAGCUCACAGCUUCCCCCCUCCGCCCCCGCCCCACCGAAAGAUUUUCUUUUGUGUUUGUGUUUGGGACGGGCGGGAGACGGGUCUCUGGAUGGGAAGUCCGAGCAGGUUAAUCAUCCAAUGCAUUUCUGCGAUCUCCAUUCCCCGGGCGAAAAAAGCUUUGGAAAAAGGGGACAUAAGGCCAUUUCUCCUACUAAAAAAAUGUUUCAGGAGAGUGGGCAGAAAAAAAAAAAGCCUUCCUCAAUCCCAACACCUGCGGGAAACCUCCUUUCUGUUGCUGUAGUGUUAAAAUUAACUUCUUUUUUCCGAAGCGGGGGAAAAGCAAAAUACUCUUGCGGACUCCAGCACCGAUUGAUAGUAUUACAGCAAUGGUGUUUAGAAACUUCGUGUAUAGACUUUAAGAAAGUCCGUUGUCCCCCGCCCCUCCUCCCAUAUUGCGGCAACACGACGUUGUGUUUCGAUGUUUUUUACAACGUUUUCUACCACAGUAUUUUUUUAAAUAAUAUUUUAAACAAAACUUGUGUAUACUCACACACUAUUGCUUUAAAAGGAGAAUAUAUUUGCACUUAUGUAUAACUUUUACAGUUUUGCCAAACUAUUUUGAUGUACAAAAUUUUUUGGUUUUGUUGUUGUUGUUGUUUUCCAAUAAAAUGUAUAUAAACCAACAUGCACCAGA